GCCAGAUAUCCAGACCGGACCUACAAGCUGUCGGAGGAGUGCUGACCAUUUCGAGAUGCCAAAAAAGAAAACCGGGGCCCGGAAGAAGGCCGAGAGCCGCAAGGAGCGAGAGAAACAGAGUCGAGCCAACCGGGAGCAUGUCGAUGUGGCCAAACACCCCUGCAACUUCACCAUGGAAUGUGACAAAUGUCAGAGAAAACAGAAGAACCGGGCUUUCUGCUACUUCUGUAACUCAGUACAGAAACUGCCUGUCUGCGCACAGUGUGGAAAAACCAAAUGCAUGAAGUCAUCAGAUUGUGUCAUCAGACAUCCUGGGAUCCACACUACUGGAAUGGCCAUGGUGGGGGCAGUGUGUGACUUCUGUGAAGCUUGGGUGUGCCAUGGCAGGAAAUGUCUGAGCACGCACGCCUGUGUGUGUCCCCUGACUGAUUCCGACUGCAUCGAGUGUGAACGCAGUGUCUGGGAACAUGGAGGGAGAAUCUUCCGCUGUUCUUUCUGUCAGAACUCCUUGUGCGAGGAUGAUCAGUUUGAGCACCAGGCGAGCUGCCAAGUCCUUCAGGCAGAAACAUACAAAUGUGUUUCCUGUAAUAGACUGGGACAACACUCCUGCCUGCGCUGUAAGGCCUGUUACUGUGACGACCAUGCCAAGAGUAAGGUCUUCAAACAGGAAAAAGGCAAAGCACCACCCUGCCCAAAGUGUGGCCACGAGACCCAGGAGACCAAAGAUCUCAGCAUGUCAACUCGUACGCUCAAAUUCGGCCGCCAGGCUGGUGCUGAUGAUGAUGACGAUUACUAUGACGGAGGGUCAGGAGGCUACGAUGCUUACUGGAAGAACUUAGCAUCCGGAGGCGGAAACCAACAGGACGACUACGGAGAGGACGAUGAUGAUGAUGACGAGGAGGAAGACGAAGAUGAGGAUGAGGAUGAAGAAGAUGACGAAGAGGAGGUUGAAGAAGAGGGUGAAGUGGAAAAGGCUUCUAAUUCUGUGGCUGGUCUUAAACUGGACGGGACUGCGUGAUCUGAGAGAGACUGGGGGGCUUCCUGCUCAGUUGAUCCAGAAGAUCCUCAGCAAAGGCUCCCUUGUUACAGAUCCUGAAUGAACAGGAACAUUCAGUAGAAUUCAAGAUGUUGUUGUUGUGUAACUGUAGGACUGAGUGUCAAUAAGAUACAACACUUGUGUUAUUUUUUAUUCACUUACAUGUUGAAUCUAAAAGUCUCUGUAGAAACCUGCAAGCAGCCAUACACGAAACCACCAGAAUACAAUAAAAGGAUUCAAUAAAACAUUUUA